AUGGCUGCCACCGUCAACGUCGAGAACAUCUCCACCAAGACUAGCGAGGAUGAGAUCAAGAGCUUCUUCUCCUUCUGCGGAAAGAUCCAGUCGCUCAGCGUAAAGCCCUCAGGCGACGACACCCAGUCUGCCUCGGUCACCUUCGAGAAGGCCGCCGCCGCAAAGACCGCCCUCCUCCUCGACAACACACAGCUCGGCCACAACUCGGUCCAAGUCACGUCCGCUAAGAGCAUCGACGAGAUUGCCGGCGAGAAGUCUGCCUCUGCCGACGACGCCAAGGACGGCGACCACCACAUCGAGCAGGAGCAGAAGCCCCGCGCACGCAUCAUCGCCGAGUACCUCGCCCACGGCUAUGCCAUCUCCGAUACCGCCAUCGAGAAGGCCCUCGCCGCAGACAAGCAGAACGGCUACAGCACCAAGUUCAUGAACGUCCUCAACAACUUCGACCAGAAGACUCAGGCUACACAGAAGGCGCAGGUCGUCGACCAGAAGCUGGGCAUAACAAACAAGGGCUACGCUGCCUUCAACAUGAUGACCAGCUACUUCGACAAGGCUGCCUCCACACCCACCGGACAGAAGCUCCGUGCUUUCUACGAGCAGGGUAACAAGACUGUCAUGGACGUCCACAACGAGGCUAGGCAUUUGGCCGACCUUAAGAAGCAGAAGCCUGCCAGCGAGGGUGGUGUUGCUGCUGAGAGCAGCGAGAAGCCCGCCGAGGGUAGCAACGAGAAGAGCGGCGAGUCCUACGCUGCCGCUGCUGCCCCCACCUCCUAG